AGUUAGAUCGCAAGGUAGGUAGGUAGAUGGGCAGCUUGAGGUAAAUUUGGAGCUGGAUUGCUCUCUACAUGUAGUGGGUAGGUAGUUAGUUGUGGAAGUAGAUAACUGGAUGGGUGAGUAGGUAAAUAAAAUGGGUUGGUCAUCGAGAUUGGUGGGUGGGAAUGUUCAAGAGGCGUGUCCCAAUACUUUUGUCCAUGUCAAAUCAAAUGCCCCCCCCCCCAGUCUUCCUCCAUUCUAUUGACGCGGCCCUGCCCGCUCUUUCUCGUACGUUUCCACGCCACGACUCUGUGACGUCACGGCUAGGAGGGGCUCCUCAGUCUGCCACGGUCGCUGUUCUCGGUGCUGAAAGCGACGGCCGCGUUCCGCUCUGCUCCGCUCUCCCCCCAACCCCAAUUUGCAGCCAUUUUAGGUUCUUCCUCCAACCCCCUCCCCCCGGCCAUGCGACAUUCCCCCCCGCCACUACCCCGCUGCUCCCACCUGGCGUCGGCCGUCAUGCGCUCGUAAGGCGGCCACGGAUUGAGCCAAACGGCGGGAUGGAGUCUCCGUGGUGUCCCGUGCUCGUCUUCGCGUCGGCCGUCUUCCUCUGCUGCUCCACAUCUGCCCGCGCCGACGGAAGCUUUGGUUGCCUGUUUGAAGACGAUCUCUGCCGAGCUUACGAGUUCUGCGUCAACGAUGGAGUUUUCGGGAGGUGUCAGGAGGUGGCCGGAGCCGACCUGAACACGUACGACGUGUCUUCCUCCGGCUUGCUGCGCCUCAGGACGCUCUUGCAGAAACUGGCUCACAGAGGUCUGACGUGGCAGGAUGACAUCACCCAGCAGGUGAUCUCCCGAGAGCUCUCCAAGCUGAGGAGCGGACCCCUCGGCCACCAGGAGGCAGUGGAGACGCCCUUCAGGUCCUACGGCAGGACAGUGGGCAGCAAUGCGAGGCCUGGGCAGGCGGAGCUGAGCAAGAACCUUCAACGCUUCCUGAAAGGUCUGCACUUCCUGCCACAGCUCCAGCCUGGAGUCCAACCACAGGCAGCCAGCACGCAGAAUGAAGGUAUCGCCUACGAUGGUCCUCCGGAUCGUAGUCCGCCAAAGUCGGGCUGGAAGGAGACCAGUGUCUACAGCCUCCAGAACGGAGCGGACCGACUCCCCGUCACCAAGGUUUUCUCUCAGAGUGGCGAGGGCAGGCACCCCAAGCUUAACGCGCCCUACAAGCCCCUCUCCAACCACUUGGAUCAGCUCGUUGGGGGAGGUGCACCGUCAGAGUCCAAAGGGAAGCUCCGCUACCUCGGCUACAUACGUCCGCCUCCAGAUGAGGUCCGGGUGGAUUUUGGAUCCAAAGCCCCGAAAAUCAACCUGGAUGGACUUUUGUUCAGGAGUGGGUCCGACCAACUGACCGCCAAGAAGCCCCCUAAUGUCAUGAAGGAUCAAUUAAUUCAGGGUAUGGUGAACCAUUUGGGAGGGCACAGCUUUAAAAUGGACUCGUGGCUGGCCAAAGACCUGGACCAGUUCGCCGACGUCAUCACCGGAGCGCUGCAGGAAGCCGAGGUGAGGCAAUCGGAUCCAGGGACCCAGCCGGGACCAGGAACACCAGAGUCUGGCCGGAUCAUGGAGGGAGAAAGGAAGCCAAUGACUGACAUGGAACCAAACCAAGUGUUGAGUGUGAAACCGGACAAAGUGCUAGAUGUGAACCAGAAGGGCCCUUUCAGAUUCAGACAAGGACAACAAGUUGAUGGCGCAGCCAACAAGGAGCCUGUUGACAAGCAUACGGCCAUUUUCUCCAAGCUCCUCGACUACCUCGACACGUUUGGUGACUCCUCUAAAGUCCAACCUGCUCCUGGUGAAAAAGUGGUGGGCCUGGAGAGCAUCCAUAGUCGUACUACGCAGUCCCAGGGUGCGGAGAAAGCUGUGUCGGCGCCCGCCGGGGAAGGCUCCACCUUGCGUUUGACCGGUGGUGUGGCGACGCCCCUUGCCCAACAGGCCGACUCCAAGAUAGGGAAAUGGAUGCAAAAGCCUGCCGGGAAGGACAUGAAGGUGAAAACUCAGCUGGUCCACAUCGGAUUGAAGGAGUUUUCCAGCAGGGGGAAAGACAGACAUUUUGGAUACAUCAUAACCGGCUCAGACUCCCUCACCUCCGACAAGGCCGUGGACUUGAUGGAGCGACUCACCCAGGAGCUGAACCUCCAUGCCGCAGACCUCACACAGCUCUCUGUUCUCGGCCCGGCGUUGACUUUUCGAGUCGGCCCCAACCCCGCCAAUGUAACCGCGGCAGAUCUGGUCCAAGUUGCAGUUCGAGCAAAGCAGCAGCUGGAGAAGGAGACAGGCCUGAAGAUAGUGGAGGCUGGAGUCAGUGACAGGGGCAGCCUAAGCCACAUCCCCGUGGUGAAGGAGACCCGGGUGGAGUCGGGCCAGCUGGUGAUUCUCUCCGUGCUGUGCGUGCUUUUCGUCCUGGUGGCGCUGGCGGUGUCGGCCACCUUCUUCUGCGUGCGCCAGCGCUCCCACCUGCGCAUGAAGGAGAAACUCUCCAGCUUGGGCACUGACACCGGCAGCGAUGCCACGGCAACCUAUCAGGAGCUGUGUCGCCAGCGUAUGGCCGUCCGGGCGUCGGAGCGCGUGGAGCGUCCAGAGACGCUACGCCACUCGCGGCUCAACAGCGUGUCGUCCCAGUUUAGCGACGGCCCCGGCGCCGGAAGCCCUUCCACGCGCAGCAGCACUUCCUCCUGGUGCGAGGAACCCGUGCCGUCCAACAUGGACAUCUCCACCGGUCACAUGAUACUGUCCUACAUGGAGGACCACUUGAAGAACAAGAACCGUCUGGAGCGCGAGUGGGAGGCCCUUUGCUCGUACCAGGCAGAACCCGGCACCUGCAGCGUGGCCCAGAGCGAGCAAAGCACCAGGAAGAACCGCUCAGAUGCCGUGCUAGCAUAUGAUCAUUCUAGAAUCACCUUGAAAGCAGAGAAUAACCACAGCGGCUCCGAUUACAUCAAUGCCAGUCCAAUCAUGGACCACGACCCUCGCAACCCCACUUACAUCGCCUCGCAGGGCCCGCUUCCCUCCACCGUGGCCGACUUCUGGCAGAUGGUGUGGGAGAGCGGCUGCGUGGUGGUCGUCAUGCUCACGCCCAUCUCGGAGAACGGCGUCAAGCAGUGUCACCGUUACUGGCCGGACGAGGGAUCUGACGUCUACCACUUCUACGAGGUGAACCUGGUGUCCGAGCACAUCUGGUGCGAGGACUUCCUGGUCCGGAGCUUCUACCUGAAGAACCUGCACACCAACGAGACGCGCACCGUCACGCAGUUCCACUUCCUCUCCUGGAUGGACCGCGGCGUCCCCAACACGGCGCGCACCCUCUUGGACUUCCGCAGAAAGGUUAACAAGUGCUACCGGGGUCGAUCUUGCCCGAUUAUUGUUCACUGCAGUGAUGGCGCUGGCAGGAGUGGGGCCUACAUUCUGAUUGACAUGGUCCUCAAUAGGAUGGCGAAAGGUGCUAAAGAGAUUGAUAUUGCCGCUAGCCUGGAGCACUUGAGAGACCAGAGAGCCGGCAUGGUCCACACAAAGGAGCAGUUUGAGUUCGCGCUGACGGCCGUGGCCGAGGAGGUGAACGCCAUCCUCAAAGCGAUGCCUCAGUGAAGGCGCGCACCUCCUCUUCAUCGUCAUCUUCAUCCUCUUCUUCUUCUUCUUCUUCUUCUUCUCUAUAUAUAUACGCGGCGUUAGCCCUCUUCUGAAUGUGGUGCCGCGAUCGUAGCUGGAAGCACAGUGGCCAAAGGUUGCGUUCAGGUACCACCAGCUGGUACGGGAUCUGAGCUGACAGGAUUCCCCGAUCAGGUCUGAAGUGACAAAUCGGUCAUCGUCCAAUGAAAAGCAUGUCGAUUUAGGGAUUAUUAUUUUUUUAUUUUUUGGGGGGGCAAAUUUCUAUUCCAAAACACCAAUGUAUUAAUAUGAGAAAAUAGUUUUUACGUGAGAGUAAAAAUGCAUGAAACAAAAGAAAAUCAUAAAAUUGUGAUUUUUUUUUUUCGGGUCUUAUAAUUUUGCAGCUAUUUUUGCGUAUUCUUUUUAUUUAUUGUUUAUAUAAUUGUACUUUAUUUUUUUAUAUAUAUAUAUAUAUAUAUAUAUAUAUAUAUAUAUAUAUUACUAGAAUAAAAAAGAGCUUUUUUCUUGAGAAUUAAGUUAUAAUAUUGUGAGAGGAACUUGUAAAUUUACAAUAUAAUGGAAGAAUUUUUUUUUUUUUCUUGCAAUCGUAAAAUUUCAUUCUGGUUUAUUUUUCUCUUUUCUCUUUGCUAUUUCAAUUGACUUUUUACAAAAAAAAAAUUUGAGAAUAAAUUAUGAGACGAGUAAUAUUUUGGCAAAAUAAAUAUUGAAAAAAGUUAUAAUUUUACAAGAAUAAAGUCAUACAAUUGUUUUCCUCAAGAAAAAAAAUAAUUGUUUUACAAUAACUAUGUCAUAAUAUAAAGAAGAAUGUCAUAAUAUUACAAUAAAAUGUAAUAUCGCAAGCAUUACGUCGUCAUGUUAUUAUUGUAAUAACGCCGCUUCAUUUUCACAUUAUUUCAAGAAAUACAUGCUUUUCAUACUUUGCGUACUUGAAGGCACCGUUCUCGUGCCACUGGCCAGCUGUGACGUCAUGUUGAGUGAAGAAUUACAAAGAUGUAAAAAAAAUAAUAAAAAGCAUAUAAACUACUUUGACUAUGUACUCUAUAGUCUCUAUAGAUUUUAAUAUUGUACAAAUGAUGCAAAUGACGUUGGACUAAGACACUAUCAUUUUGGAACAAUUAGUGUUAUUGUAACUGCAGCAAACAAUAGAGAAAGUCAUAAUCAUGACAACGAUGUAGAAAUACGAGAAGGAGUGUGUCAUUUAAUACUAUUUUAGGAGAAUAAGAUUGUAUUAUGACAAUUAAAAAAAUGUUUUUACAAGAAUAGUAAAAUCGAGUAGCAAAAAUGAUGUCCUAAUAUUACAAGAAAAGGUGCCAAUUAUUAUGAGAAUACACUCAAUCACGAGAGCAAGUCAUAAUAUUACGAGAAUCAGUUCGUAAUUCCAGCUAUAAAGUUCACGUUUUCAAGAAUGAAGAAUGACCGGUUGCUAGAAAACAUAAAGUAACAUGAUGAGAAAACCAGAAUAGAAGUCAUCAUUCCAAGAAUAAAGUCAACAUUUACCAGAAUUAAAACCUAAUCUUACAAGACAAACUCAAAUUCAUGAGAAUAAAGUAUUGGAAGUGGGGGGGGGGCCGGGGGGAAAUAGUCAUAAAGGUCAGCCGUCAGUAAUAAAGAAGUUAUAAUAUCCAAAAAAUUAAUGGUGUGAGAAAAAAAGCCACAAUUUUACGAGAAUAGUCAUAAUUCCAUAAAUAAGGAUGAAUAAUAUUCAUAAUAUUCUGAGGGGGGGGGGGGGGGGUUGACAUUUUUACAAGAAUAAUGUCAUCAUGUUACGAGAGAGAAAUCGUGUCAUUUCACGAGAAUAAACACUCGAGACUGCGAGAAAAAUACUUGGAAUUUUACGAGAAUAAAGUCAUAAAUUUACAAGAAAAAAUGGUGUCGUUUUACGAGAAUAGUCGUAAUUCCAAGAAUAAAGCCCCACGGUUUACGAAUGAAGUUCUAAUUCGGAGUAAGGACGUCAAUGUUUACGAAAAUCGUCAUGAUUUCACAAACGAUUUACGGAUAUUGUUUGGUAAUAUUACUAGUCCAAUUGUAUUCUAACAUUACAUUAAGACUGCGCAAACAUUUGUGACUAUUCUCGAGAAAUAGACAGUCUCUGACUGUUACGUUAAAACAAUUCUCAUAUCGCUGCUUGAUUCCGCGAACUCCAACCUUUCCCUGUCACUUUUACAUAACCAUUAUUCUUGUUUUUAACUGCGACCUUACCCGUAAAUAUUGGCGUGCUAAAAACUCCAAUGAUAACGCUACACUAUCGUUCGUUGGCACCACACGACUGCUAAUAAUUACAAUAAACAACAAUAACUAGAAGUAGUGUCUUGUCCUCUUACUAUUGCUAGUAAGUGUUCCAUCUAUUUAACGACAAUGUGUGCUAGCAUCGUGGUGGUUGUAUUCAUGUAUCACGGAAGCAUUGUGAUAUGUUGUGCAACAUGACAAUAGUAUGAUUUCCUCUAUGAGAGUGACUCUGUAAGAACAAUGCUGUUUAUUUUGUGUCCACGC